AUGAAGACCCUCCUCAUCUUCAUCUUCUUCCUGACACCAGCUGGUACUGAUGCUGUAACUAUAGUAACUGGAUACAGAGGAGGAUCAGUUCAGAUUAAAUGUUACUAUGAAUCUGGAUAUGAAGAUAACACCAAAUAUCUCUGCAGAGGUGAAUGUUCCUAUGUGGGGAAUAGUGACAUUCCUGUUAAAUCUGGAUCUCCUGCUGAAGACCCCAGAUUUUCUCUGUAUGAUGACAAAACAGCCCGAGUCUUCACCGUCAACAUCACUGAUCUGAGACCUGAGGAUGGAGACACUUACUGGUGUGUGAUAGAGCGGACAUUAUCACCUGAUAUUUACACAGAGAUUCUACUGCAGGUUAAAACAGUUUAUCCCACCAUCAGUUCUGUCUCACACACCACACACUUCACUCCAACCCAUGGGGACACGACACAUUCAGUAACAGAUAAGUUACUAACUUAUACUCUCCACAAAACCUCCAUCACUCCCUCAUCUCAGGGAUUCACAACUAUACCCAUAGUCACAACUGUUGUGUCUGUUGCUCUAGUGCUGCUUCUCAUUGGCCUUUUAUCAGCUGGAGUGAUACGGUGGAAAAAAAAGACCAAAGGCUCUGGAACAGUGACACAAUCUACCAGAGAGACAAAUGAAGAUUAUGAAAAUGAUCAAAAUUUACUUCCUGUUCAAGCAAGAGUAAAAGUCAGUUUACCUGAAUCUGUCUACAAAGGUUUAGACCCAACCACCUGCCAAUCAGAUUCAGUCUAUCAGACUCUGUCAAGUACUACUAACCAAUCAGAUUCAGUCUAUCAGACUCUGUCAAGUACUAAUAACCAAUCAGAUUCAGUCUAUCAGACUCUGUCAAGUACUAAUAACCAAUCAGAUUCAGUCUACCAGACUCUGUCAAGUACUAAUAACCAAUCAGAUUCAGUCUACCAGACUCUGUCAAAUACUAAUAACCAAUCAGAUUCAGUCUACCAGACUCUGUCAAGUACUAAUAACCAAUCAGAUUCAGUCUACCAGACUCUGUCCCAUAUCAAUAAACAUUAAGAUUCUUGAUACUUCUGUUCGCUAACCAAGUGAACUUGUUUGAGUUGUCAAACUGAUUAAUGUAACCCCAUUGUUUGUUUCUUCCUGCAAGUUUGUGUUUAUUUUACCUGUGAAUUUACUUUUUUGUGCUUCUGAUCUUUUCAAAUUUUUUUUCUUUUUAUUGAGGACAAAUCACACACUCUUUGCAUUGCAUGUUUGCUAGUGGAACUCUCAAGGUAGCUGGUCACGUGAAUUAUGAGAGUUGCUCUGAAAAAAUUCAGCUCAUGUCUGGCUUUAUUUUCAAGCCUGGCACUUGAUUCCCAUGUCUCAGACCAUGGCUCAUCAUGGGGCUCACAGCUGGUGGAGUAUGAGACAGUGAAUCCUCUUUCUCUCUCCCUCUCCUGUGAUUCCAAAGGUCACAUUUUGGACUUGGAAUCUUGUUUCAGAUUUUAUAGCUAUUUGCAACUUUGGAACUUUGUAGAAUUGAAUUUUAAUUAUUUCUCAUAUGGCCCUUCAACUACUUUAAUGUAAAUCAGUCCAAAAACAGGCUCUAAGCAGGAUCUAUGAUGCACUUAACAUGUAUGAUUAUGAUUAUCUUUAGAUCUACUCAAAAAUAAUACAGAGACAGGCGUAGACGAGCCAUAUUCAGAAAACUGGUACAAAAUAAUUCAGGGAAUUUUUUAAUCAGCCAUUUGCCUUAGACAUGCUGUAAUACAAUUUGGACUAAAGUCAGACUUUUUAAGAUUAAAGCUGGCAGAUCCCACAUGAUAGAUGACAGCAGUCUCCCUCAGCUCUGCUGCAUAUGUUCUGGACAUGACACAUGUUCUAGACCUUCUCUGGGCUUUUUGGAGAGGUGGUAUAUAGCCACCCCCAUUUAUUGCCUUGUUUAGU